GAAUAAGAUCAAAGGCCCAUUUGUCGUCAACAGAGAUGUUCAGGGAGACAUGACACUUGUUUCUCUGUCUUGCAAAAGAUCUACAGAUUUAUCCACAAUAGCAACUAUCAAGGUAAGAUACAUCUCUAAUACAGAGAAGCUUUUAAGAGAAUCGGGUAUAGAUUACAUAAGUUGAUCAAUAAUGAAUGUAUUUGUAACUGCCUCUCAGAAGCACCUCGGAUAUAUUGUUAACACAAAAAGAUUUAUUCCUUCUAAAAUGCGCUGUUUCAGGGUAUAAGAUGGUGCAUAAGAAAGGCAAACCACAUGGAAUUCAAACAUCUUCCAUUACAAGAACAUCCAAAUGAGGUGGCUAUCAGUACAUCGUUUGGAGCAAAUUUGGAAAGCAUUGCUGUCUUUCACAUUUCACAAAAUGACAAAAAUUUAGAAAUCAUUUGCGAAACUAAUUACUCUGAAAACUAUGGAUCUGGAACUAUCAGAAAAGGAAUAUUAUUAAAUACUGGAAAGAGCAAAUGUAAUCGUACAAGCAGCGGCGGGGUCAAUUCGUCAGAUCACCAUGUCAUAUUAUUCUACAUUGGGAUCGGCAUGUUUGGUAUUGGUACAUUCAGUAUGUCGGCAGCAAUUGUUACAUUCGUUUUAAACCGAAGGAGAGCAAAAAGCGAGAACGGUUCUUCAGCAUGCCAAAACAAUACCCUUACACCUAUGACAUAAGUAGAUCUGCAUACAAGGAUCCAUCAGAAAUUAAAAGAACUAUUCAUUAUACCUUUGAGCCCGAGCAGAGUAACUGAUGAGAACAGAAUAUUAUCUUACGUCAGUAUGUGUAUAGACCUGAGUGAGAAAUCAGUGACCAUGGAGGCUGUUUGAUGUAAAUAAAUUAAUGG